GCCGAACAUCCGGCCCGCUGGGAGGGCGCAGGGGUGGGAGAUCAGGAUAAAGGCACAGCUGCUUUCUUCGCUCGCCUUCGCUGCCUGCUCCCGGCUGCCUGUCCCGGCUUUGGCUCUGGAGCAGCCGGCUGCUCAGCUGAAUGCUACACGGACGCGGGGAGAGCAGACAUCCCCGGCCCGGCCUCCAGCGCGCGGAGCGUCCUAGAAGCCGCAGCUCGGACCAUGAGCGCCCAGCAUUUCUGGGACCAGCUGCGGGCAGGCAGCUCGGAGGUGGACUGGUGCGAGGAUAACUACACCAUCGUGCCGGCCAUCGCCGAGUUCUACAACACGAUCAGCAAUGUCUUAUUUUUUAUUUUGCCGCCCAUCUGCAUGUGCUUAUUCCGUCAAUAUGCAGCAUGCUUCAACAGUGGCAUAUAUUUAAUAUGGACCCUGCUUGUUGUCGUGGGAAUUGGAUCAGUUUACUUCCAUGCAACACUGAGUUUCCUGGGUCAGAUGCUUGAUGAACUUGCUAUUCUUUGGGUAUUGAUGUGUGCACUGGCCAUGUGGUUUCCCAGAAGGUACUUACCAAAGGUCUUUAGAAAUGACAGGGGCAGAUUCAAAAUUGUGGUCUGUGUCCUGUCUGGAAUCACUACUUGCCUUGCAUUCGUGAAGCCAGCCAUCAACAACAUCUCUCUGAUGGCCUUGGGCAUCCCCUGCACAGCCCUGCUCAUUGCAGAACUGAAAAGGUGUGACAACGUCCGGGUCUACAAACUGGGUCUCUUCUCGGGUCUCUGGUGGAUGUUAGCUCUCUUCUGCUGGAUCAGUGACAGAGCCUUUUGUGAGCUGUGGUCUUCCUUCAACUUCCCCUAUCUGCAUUGUGUGUGGCAUAUCCUCAUUUGCCUGGCUGCCUACCUGGGUUGUGUCUGCUUUGCAUACUUUGAUGCUGCCUCCGAGAUUCCAGAACAAGGUCCUGUGAUCAAAUUCUGGCCCAGUGAAAAAUGGGCCUUCAUAGGAGUUCCCUACGUCUCCCUCCUGUGUGCCCACAAGAAAUCUCCGGUCAAGAUCACAUGAUGUAAAGAUCAGCAGCAAUGUGUUUUUCCUAUUUAUUUUUUCUCACUUAUUGUACUUAGUUAAUCAGCCAGGGAGACCCGAGUCUGUCUCUUUAUGUGUUUGGGUUUUUUCCCCUCCUGUAUGCUCAGCACUUGCAAAGAUUCAAUUGUGUACGAAAAGAAAUGCAUUUCUUUUCCUUUCCUUGGGAAAGGAGGAAGGUUGGAGUUUUUUUUUUAGGUGGAAAAUGCUUACAAGUAGAACUUGGGUUGGCCUUGGGUGUAGCUUCUUUGGGCUUUGUUUUUAGGUGCCCGCUCUCCUGACUGUGUAUCCUAAAACACUGGGAUGGGAGUCCAAAACAAUAGACUGGCAAGUCCUGGGAAAGAAUGUUUGGUACACGCAGACCUUCCUUCCUUCUCUCACCCACCUACAUACUACUGUCUUUUUAGAACAGUCCUGGUUAGGAUUGACGAAAAAAAUGUGCCCUUGGACUAAAUCUCCAUCUUUGUUCCAGAGAUUUUUACCGGAGAAAACUUGGCUGUGAAGAAUCAUAUGAAGGGCUUGUGGGAGAAUGAGUUUGACUCACAAAUCUCACAACUCUAAGUUUUAAGUAAGACUGACAUGAGUUACUUGUAUCAUUUGUGCCCAGAAUCCUAGAUUUGUCUUUUGUAUUUGGGCAAAAUCAAUGGGGAAAAUGGCCAUCUUCAAGCCAUCCUUGAAAGGGAGCACACUUUCUUUCCUGUCCCUUUUGUUCUCUUUUGAUCCUUUCCCCUAACUUAGGAUAAGAGAAGCCGUGGGAUCUAAGAAGCAAUGUACAAGUAAAAAGAAUAAAAGUUCUAGAAUGUUCGUUGGAAGACAUCUCAGGUGGAUGGUUUUAGUGGAAAAGAUAACGGAUGUGGGGGUCAAAGGAUCUAGGUUUGAAUCCUGGUUCUUCUACUUUUAUUUGCUGUGUGACCCCAGGUAGGCCACGAACCUUUCUGGCUUGUAGCUUUCUGCUCUGUAAAACAGAGAGUGGUUUUAGGUCUUUUCUGACUUGAAAUCUUUGGCGUCUAUGAGAUUAUUUAGUCCAAUCCCUUCAUUUUGGUGAUAGGAAGAAUAGCCAGAAUCCAGACAACAUUCUUCUUAUCUGCCAGGCUGCCAGAAGCUCAGUUAUAUCUUUGGGGGCAGUUUUAGCUCCCUUUCUGAGGUGGUGGUAAUAGAAUUUGCCUGGCACAAAUCCAGUAAAACUAAACUGAUGAUUUUUGUUUCGGAGUAACCUCUUAAGUGAAACUUAGAGUUAUCAGAAAGACUCUGAUAAAAUCACACAAUACUUUAGAAAGUCACUUUUAGGGGUUACCUUUCAUUCUUCUCCCUAGCCCUCCUCCUAAGUUUUAAGGAAUCUUAGAUAGAGGAUUGUUGUGGAAAUAAUUCUAGGUGUGCUGUCAAAGGACCUGGGUUCAAAUUCUGGUUCUCCCAUUUUUAUUAGUUGUCUGACCCAGAGUAAGCCACUAAUCUCUCUGAGCUCCUCCUUCCUCAUCUAGAAAAUGAGACCGUUUUUUGUUUUCAUUGUACUCUAAAUUUGAAUCUAUUCCAGGGUUCCAUCUCCUGUUGCUCUCUUUCUACGACUCUGGCUAGUUAGCAAUAACAAAUAUGUCACCGGAGCAUCCAUUGAACACGUCUCCAGAAGAGGCACUAGCAUGGCUUGCCUUGAGGACUUAGUUGCUUCCCUUCUUCACUGGGACGAAUUAGGAACUGGCAAAUGUCUGCAAGGUUUGUGGCACUGAUUGGCAGCCUCAGGGAUAUUUUAUUUUCGUUUCACUGCAGUGUUCCUUACCUUGUCCGUGACAUCCCACUUUCUGGGCAGGGGGGAGGAAGGGCGAGAGAACCGCUGUGUAUCUAAAUCCGGAAGCCCUCGGUGGUGUCCUAACAGAAGACUCGGUCCCUGAAAACGAGGCCAUGGCAUUUACUCACCCAGAGCAGCUCGAUGCUGUUAUUCUCGGAAUUCACCCAGGAUCCAAAGUUGAUGCCCUUGCAAGAACUGAGGAGAUUAAACACCACUUGAUGUUCUCAAAUGGCAAGUGGAGUCCGUUGCCUUCUUUUAAUUGCUUUUAUGAAGCUGCUCGAAGAGUUUCAGAGAUGAAAAGUGUGGAAUUCUGUCUCAAACACUGGAUCCAGGUUGGCUUUCAAUGCCCAGUUGCUUCGGCAGCUCAGGCCAAAGUCAGAAAUUCCCUGAAGAGGGCUUUGGAAGAUUUUUAUUUUCUUGUUUUCUUGGUUUGUUUCACAUCCAGCCAUUCUUUACUAUGGAAACAGAUAGAGUUAUCCAAGAUAUUGUAGGCAGUAUUUUCGUUUUUCACAUCUCUUGUCUUUCAUCUCUUUCUCCUGGGUAUACAUGUUGACCCUCUUAAUGUCUCUGGAAAAUAGGAAAGGCUAGACUCCUUUUCUUCAGACCUGCUUAUUUUAUAUUUAAUGGGUGGUAAGAGUGUUCAGGGAAGAGAUGUGUCUGAAAUUGUCACCCACAGGUUCUGGGUUCGGGCUUCUCCACCCCUAACUCCACCAAGGCUCAGAAUCUUUUGUUACACUUAUUUGGGUCCCAAGGGGAAUUUUCAGAACUCUCUUUGAGAAUAGGGUACGGCAGGGGAUGGAAAGAAGAAAGAACAAUUAAACAUUAUGUCAUUCUAGGAAGUGUCAGGGAUGCUGAUAGGUGAGUGUUUGAAUAUUCCAGGAGUUGUUUGGUGGGCUUGAAAAUGAUGAUGCUACCUCCUGGGGCCCCCUUUUCCUGCCUUCUACAAAGCAAAAUUCUUAUUGGGUCUGUGACAAUUUCUAUGCUUUUUCACAAACAGCAAACUAUUGGGGGUUUUUUGGUUUGGUUUUUUCUUUAGUCCUUACCUCCUAUCUUAGUAUCAAUUCUAAGAUAGAAGGGCAGUAAGGGCUAAGCAAUCAUGGUUAAAUGACUUACCAGGGUCACACAGCUGGGAAGUGUCUGAGGCUAGAUUUGAACUCAGGUUCUCCUGACUUCAGGCUUGGUGCUCUAUUCUCUGUGCUACCUUAGCAAACAAGGUCUCAUGGUUAUAGGUACUCACUCCAUCUAUUAGUGAUCACAUCCAUUUCUACCCUCCAGGCUUUUUCAUUCCACCUGGCUCUUGUUCGUGUCCUUCCAUAAAUGAAUAGAGGAUCCACGCUGGUCUUUCUCUACUUCUUUUAAUAUCUCGAGGAUGCCGAUGUCAGUGCUUGCACCGCCUUGUCGUUGUUAUACGUAUCCCUGAUGAUAUUAAGAAUAUGGAGUUGCAUAUUUAGAGCUGGAAGGAAAUCGAGUCCAAGCUGCCAGUAUUUAUUUUCAAGUUGUAUUUAUGUCAUGACCUCUUACUUCUCUCUUUAUUCACAGCAGCAGAAUUUCUUUUUAUUCUUGAUAGUUUAGCCUUUGGCGUCAAUGAGAUUCUUUUUUCAAGUCAUUUGGGAAUUGCACUAUGUUUAUCUAAGCUCCCUGGUGUUAAUCACUAGGUUCUAAGACUUUUCCGGAACCUCCCUUUCUAAGAAGGGCUAGCAUGAACUUAGACGUAUCCUUCCAGCUCCGGGAUAUAACAGCUAAGGAACCCCUUGGAAUCCCGUCUUUGAGAGGCUUUCUCUGACAUCUGAUCCCAAAGGGGGCAGGGGAAUAUUUUGAUUUUCAGAACUAGGUUGUGGCAAUUCUUUUGAACGUGGCUCACAAGCGUGUUAUUUCCGUCAGAAUUGAUGCAGAAUCCGAAGUUGAUGGCUCAACAGUUGUGCGGAUUUGAGAUGUAAAAAGGCUCCAGCAGUCUAGGAUUAAAUUGGGUCGGGUACCCUAAAAGAUUUUUUAGCAAAAUUUUUAUGACCAAAAACAUCAACCGUAGGAAUUGGAAAUGGUUCCUUGUCCUUUCUGUCGAGGCAUUAAAAAAGAGACAAAUGGUCUGUGAUGACCGGAGCUAUGUGAAGUAGGUGGUGGAUUCCAACGCUCACAGGAACUGAGAUUUCUGUGAUGGUGGUCGGAGACAUUCUACUCUCUUAGAGUUAGCAAAAGGUUCUUGAGCUGAGGAAGGCGACAGAAAUGCAGCAUUUUUAAAAAACCCUUUUUGUUCCUUAAUGACCGACUUGGCUCUUUAAUUGUGAAUAUCCUCCCUCCCAUCUUCCUGUCGCUGAAUACUUUGCUUUGAUGUUUUUGAUUUGACAUUUUUCUCUUGUUGAUGCAGCAUCCCCAAAGCAUCUAGAACACAGAAUAUUCAUUACAAAAGAGCUUCGGGCACAUUUUAUCCAACCCUUUCCUUUUCCAGAGGAGAAAACAGAGACUAAACGAGGGGGAAAGACUUGUCUCCAAGGUCAGAUGGAAAUAUAGUGGCAGAACUCAAACUACAAUCCAGGUUUUCUGCUUCCCCACCCAAUUAAUGUUCUGCCAUUUUCCUUGCCUGUUUGACCCUUGGCUCGGGCUCUGGUUUUAUAGACCCCUUUCUGACUGUGCCUCGUCAUGGAAUCAGUCAGAUUGAUACACCUACUGCACUUAAUAGGGCUGAGGCUUACUCUGGCCAAACCACCCAGAAUACGUUGAUUCUAAGAGUCGUUGGACCUUUCAGUACAAGGUCUUUUUUUCUCUGGGUGCUCUCGAAUCCAACUCCGAAGCCAUGCUAACCAGCUGUAUUCUCCGCUUGGAGAAACGUGUUUCUUCACUAACCUCUCUAAACAGUUUCUCUUUCGUAUAUUUGCUGAACCAGCUUUUCAUAUUUUUGUAUUUGCAAUACGUAAUCAGAGAGAAUACAGUAUUCUUCGAUUUGUAAGUCGUUCUUUUGCUAGGAUGUUCUAUGGAAAGGGAACCGUGUCUACUGUGGUAGCACGUGCUCUCCAUCAUUUUGUGGGGAGAUGAAUCCUUUUACUCUCUAGCUGGUGCACUUUAUGCUCUGCAUUUGAUAGUUGUCUUUUAAUAUAAAAGCCACAAAUGGUAUUUUCUUUACUUGAGUGAAUAUAUGUGUAUCUUGAUGGUUCCAUCACAUCUUUUGUAAUACUGUAGUCAAAAUUAUAUUUAAUUAUGACACAACGCCUGUGGUGAUCCAGUCAGGGGAAUCAUUGAGGUUUCUUUCAAAAACUGUGAAAGAAUACAUCUAGAUAUUUUUGGAGAUAAAUAUUUUCAACAUAAAUCAUCUCUAUACAAUUAUUUGAUUAAUUAUUAUUCUACCCUAUGAAUUAAAAACAUCUCAAAUGUUUUAUUAUGGUUUUGUUUCAUCUAAUCCUUCUGGAAAGAAUGGAUUGUGUUUUAUAAUAUUAAAUUACUUGAGAAAAAGA